AUGCCGGACAGUCAAAUAUUUAAGGCUACUUAUAGCGGCAUACCCGUGUACGAGAUGAUGUGUAAAGGGGUCGCGGUCAUGCGUCGUCGGUCCGAUUCGUGGCUGAACGCAACCCAGAUACUCAAAGUGGCGGGCUUUGACAAACCUCAGCGUACGCGCAUAUUAGAACGCGAGGUUCAAAAGGGUGAGCAUGAAAAGGUUCAAGGUGGUUACGGCAAAUAUCAAGGAACGUGGAUCCCUCUGGAAAGGGGUCUCGCCAUUGCGAAACAGUAUAACUGCGAGCAUCUCCUACGCUCUAUUAUUGACUUCAUUCCGGCCGACCAGAGUCCGCCGCCGGCUCCGAAACAUCUCGUGGCGGCCACAGCGGCAACGAAGGCGUCAAAGCGAGACCCGCCGGGCGGUAUCAGCACGCGUUCAUCGCGACGAGUUGCUGAAGAUGGAAUGGACGACGAAACCGAGCCUACCGCGUCUGUUAUAGCGAGCGAGGACGCCUCGAUGACGCCGUCGCCAUCGGAGGCCUCGUCCAGUUCGCGUACACCCUCCCCGAUUACCUCACCGCCGUCUUCUCGCCGCGGCGGUAACGUACGUGGAGGUCGACGCUCCAUAUCACCUGCAGGCCGCAAAGGCAAAGAACGACAAUCUCGCGAAAGCGCAUACGAUCCGAACGGCGGUGACGAGGAUAUGCAGAAUUAUGGCGACCAAAUUCUGGAAUACUUCAUCUCCGACUCCAAUCAGGUUCCGCAGAUAUUGGUUAACCCACCUCCGGACUUCGACCCAAACAUUGCUAUAGAUGAUGACUGUCACACGCCGUUGCAUUGGGCGGCGGCUAUGGGGCGGAUACGUAUAGUCAAGCUCUUGUUGACGGCCGGCGCGGACAUCUUCAAGGUCAACAAGGCAGGCCAGACAGCGCUGAUGCGCAGCGUUAUGUUCGCCAACAACUACGAUGUCCGCAAGUUCCCGGAACUGUACGAGCUGUUGCAUCGGUCCACCCUGAACAUCGACAAUCAAAACCGGACGCUCUUCCAUCAUAUAGUCGACCUCGCGAUGACGAAAAGCAAGGCUCACGCGGCCCGGUACUACUUGGAAACCGUGUUGGGCAGAUUAGCAGAUUAUCCGAAGGAGCUUGCGGACGUGAUCAACUUCCAAGACGAAGAAGGCGAGACGGCGUUGACCAUGGCGGCACGGUGUCGGAGUAAACGCCUCGUUAAGCUACUCAUCGACAACGGGGCCAACCCGAAGAUUGUCAACAACGAGGGCAGAAGUGCGGAAGACUACAUCAUGGAGGACGAGCGAUUCCGUCAGUCGCCUGGCCCUCCUUCUCGGUUGACGUCCAUGUCGUUCCGAAAUGCCCAAGCAGCGUACGGCACAUACCCCUCGUACCUUGCGCAAACUUCCGGGUAUGCGAAUGGCGACACGCCUCCUUUGCAUUACUCGGUUGCAGGGCAGAAAGCAGCUACGCGUUGCGUCAAUGACAUGGCAAGUAUGCUGGCCAGUUUGGCGUCAUCGUUCGAUCAAGAGCUCAAGGAGAAGGACAAAGAUACCGCUCAGGCGCACGCUCUGCUAGGGAACAUACAAGCAGAGAUCCUCGAGAGCCAGCGAACGGUUAACCAUCUGAAAAGCCAGGCUGCGACGCUGCAGCAGUCGAAGGACAGAGUGAAGGACCUAGAGGAAGAGCUGCUCGGCAAGAUGGGAAGAAGGUACCGCCUGGGUUGGGAGAAAUGGGUCAAAGACGAGGAGGAGAGAGAGAAGAGGAUGCUGGAAGCUGCAGGCGGGUCGCUCGUGGAUCCUGUGGUCGUCCUUCCCCCGGGAUCUGAGCCAGAAGAGCCUAUCCCAGGUGGGGAGCCGUCUGCGGACAAGGGAAAGCGUAAGGCGGAGCCACAGGUCGAGGAUGUGUCGGAUCUCAUCGCCCUGCACGCCGACAUACCGAAGGAUCCCGAAGCUUUACGACAGGCGUGCGACAAGCUGAAAGAGGAGAUCAUGGCACAAAGGAAACGGAGGAAGGUCGCUUUUGAAGAGAUUGUGAGGUACCAGGGCGAUGCGGGAACGCAAGGCAAGAUGGCAGAGUAUAGGAGGCUGAUCGGAGCCGGUCUUGGAGUGCCUGCAGGAGAGGUCGAUAACGUGGUAGGCGUGCUCCUCGAGGCUCUCGAAUCUGACGAACCGAUGGGUCUGUCUUCAUCAAAUCCAUGGGGCUCCGUUGGUGGUUUUACUACGAAAGCUGGACCGCCUAGUUCUGCCGGUGGGUAGAGCGUAAUCCACGCUUGUUAUCUGGUAUUUAUCAUGCAUGUAUUGUACUUUUACGGAGCUGCAAUUACGGCUCGUCGACGGAAGGACGCGCGCGUGGCCAUUGUGAU